AUGUCUUCCUCAAACGACACCGGAAUCCUAUUGGAACCCUAUUUGUCGCCUUACCAUGUCAUCAUCUAUCCUACAUUGACUCUAACUCUGAUGACGCUCAUUUACGUCUCUGAUGAACAGGCCUUGUUGACAACAGGUGUCUACAUCCCUACUUUCAUCUCUGCUGUCCACUCCCUUGUUAGUUGCCGCAAAGUGUUAGCCUCCUCGAAUAUCUAUUUCAUUGGGAGCGUGUCCUUGUUUGUCCUGGCAAUGUUAUUUACUGGCACAGAGGUUUGGGGGCUAACACGCCAAGCUGUAAUCGAGUUCGACGCUGCAAAGACAAGAGACUACGACCAGUUCCUCCAGUAUAGAAUCCAAGAUGACGUGAAGACCAUUUGGAAUGGCAUUUUGGACACAUCCCCCCCUCUUAUGAACACGCUUGCCGAUUGGAUGCUCAUUCACCGAUGUUACAUCAUGUGGAACAGGAACAAAAUUGUGCUUUAUUCCUUGGUACUCAUUGCUACAGUUUUGAACGGACUAUUUCUUUCAACCAACCUCGUCACGGCGGCGGCGUAUAACCUCCCUCAAUUCCCAACACACAUAGCGGAGAUAGCCAUUCAGAUAACUGACAACACAGUCCUUGCCAUUGCAAUAUUUCAAGUUCUUCUAGCAUUCAUGACAGGUGGCUGGAUCUGGUGGAUCAGCCGCCAAGCAAGAAAGGUGAUGGGAAGUCAUAUCAAUGCAAAGUAUUGGGCGAUUGUUGCUAUCAUCAUCGAAUCAGGCAUUCUCUACGGGUCAAGCCUCGUGAUUCAACAGAUCCUAAUGUAUGUGGAAGUGUUCCGUUUCCGGAGUUCCGUCGACUUUUCCAUAAUCUCGACGCUGAUGUCGGGACUGGCACCGACGCUCAUCAUCGCACAGGUUGCACAGAGCAAAUCUGUAGAUAAUGUCGAACAAGCUGUGUCGACGAUGGACUUCGCUGAUGGCCCCAAGAGGUCUACAGACACCGGGGGAGGGGGCCAGCCAUUGGAUAAUGGAUUAGCCCCAGUGAAAAUCGACAAAAUUGUUGGACCAUAG